AUGUGCCACCUCUGCCGGGACGAUGGUCAGAGGCACGGCGACGAGGACGACGCCGGUGGAGAGAAGGCCAUGAAGGGGGUGGCGACGGGGACCUCGCUGGGUUUACUGAGGGCCAAGGGGUUCUUCUCAAUGUCAUCACCCAGAAACCAGAUCGAGGUCUGGGACAUUGAUGCGAGAAAACUAUGUUAUCCACACCUGAUUCAAAAGGCGAUCACAGCAUUCUCUGUGUUGCAGAAGAGCUUGUACAUAUAUGUUGGGGAUAGUUCUGAAAGUGUGUCUCUAAUGAAGCUUAGUCUGGUCCAGAGAUGCCUACCUGACAUGGUGUAUUCUGCAUUGCUUUUACUGAUUCUUAUGAGAGAUUUCGAGGAAGAUUGUUCAGUGGAGAUGGACCUGACCAUGGCAGGAGUCAGUGCAUGGCUGACUCACUCGAAUGACCCAAUCAAUGGGAAAUGCAAGAAAAAUGAGAGCUACUGGGGUGAUGUACAUGAACUAUACAAUAGCACUACACCUACAAACCGAAGAAGAGAUGACCAGAUAAGAGACAUGGCUAAGCAGUUUUAUUUGGAUGACUAUCCUAAGGAAGGCACAUUCACAGUUUUACACUGCUGGAAGGUUCUUCGUGAUGAACCCAAGUGGCAUGUAGUCUUGGAAGAACUUGAAAAACCAAAUAAAAGGAGUUUGGAUGGUGAAGAUGAGGCAAUUGACAUCUCAGGGACGCCAAAAGGUGUAGGAGAAAAGGAACGUCCUGUAGGGACAAAACAAGCUAAGAAACAACGUGCAAUGGAAUACUUCUUAGAGGCCCAGGAACGCAAUUCUGAUAGGAAGGUUGAAACAGUAAGGCUUAGGAGGGAGGCUGCUUUACUGGAAUGA